AUGAGCUUCCUUGGAGGGAUCGUUAGCUCCAUUGGGGGCGAUAAAGCUCCGCCGCCCCCGCAACUUCCCAAAAAGUCAGCAACCACCAACAGCGCUCGAACAGUCACAGCUCCGCCAAAGCCCACCUCUCGGCCAUCCACUCCUUCUCAGAUGUCUGGUGUCAAGCGUAAGGCGGAGGAACCCGCGAGCGCAGUCUCAUACAAGUCCACAAAGCCAGCCUCCGGCGCCGAAGGCGGCACUGUGCCGCACAAACCGGCGGCUCCCCCACUCAACGCACCUCGGCCCCAAGCUGACAAGGCACCGGUGCCACACAUUCAGACGGACAAAAUGGCGAAAGCAGCACCUGCCAAGCCGUCCCCCACGGCUGCAGUCUCAUCACCAAAGCCUCCACCGAGCAAGGGCUCGUACGCCGAGUUGAUGGCCAGAGCCAAAGCGCAGAAUUCUGUUCAGAAAAUUGGAGUCAUCACGCAUAAUAAGGCCGCUCCCAAGGAAAAGUUAUCCAAAAGAGCUGAGCAGCGCCGUUCCGAAGAAGAGAAGGCACGCAGGGAAAAGUCUGGUAAUGGAGGACCUCGGAAAGCCGACGGUCGACGAAGUGCUAGUCCCAUGAAGAACGGCGUGCAGGAAGGUCGAAUCUCAAAGGCCUCAACCAAACCUGGUUACAAAGGUACCUUGGGCAUGUCAGCUGGUCGUGAACGACCUCGUCAGCCGAAGGCUUCCCGCUACGAUUCGUACCUCGGAACUGACGAGGAAGACAACAGUGAUGUCGAGGAUGAGGAUGAUUAUGGUGAUGGCUACGAGUCCUCGGACAUGGAAGGAGGAUUUGAUGACCUCGAAUCAGAAGAGCAGGCAGCGUUGCGCUUGGCAAAGGCUGACGAUGCUCGAGAAUUGGCGCUCGAGAAUCAAUUGAAGCGUGAGAAGGAAGAGCGGCGCCGGCGACUGAUGAACCUUGCUGCCAAGCGGAAAUAA